UUAAGUUAAUAACAAAUAAUUAUUUAACAAUAAUUAAUAUGUCGAGUACAAAUACAAAAAUCAAUUUAUUAAAUGCAGUUAAACAAUUGGCUGAUAGUGAAAUAAAUCUGAUUAAUGUCAUUGAUAAAUCCAGGCCAGAUAUAAAUUUAAAAAUGUCAACAAAAUCAACAUCAUCAACAGCAGCAAUCAAUGAUCAACGUAAAUCAUCAAGACUGGCAAAUAUUAAACCAUCAAAAGCAAUUGUAACAGCAAAACGUGAAGCAACAGCUUGUAAAAAAAAUCACCUUAAAAUAAAAAAAGCUAGUGAUACAUUUUAUGUAAAAGAUAUUUAUGAAGGUGCAAUAAAAGCUAAAAAUAUGAUUCGUGGUAUGACUGGUAUUGUUUAUGAUCGAUCAAUGGCUGAUCAUCGUUGUUUAUGGGAUGAUAAUUAUCCAGAGUGUCCAGAAAGAUUUAUCAAGACACUUGAAAGAUGUGAAGAGCUUGGAUUAAUUGAUAGAUGUAAAAUUAUUGAGCCAAGACUUGCUUCUGAUGAUGAAUUAUUGAUGAAACAUACACAAGAACAAAUUGAUAUACUAAAAGCAACUGAUGGAUCUGAGGAUCUUGAAAAGCUCGAAAAAUUAUCAUCAAAAUAUGAUGCAAUUUAUAUACAUCCUUCAACUUAUCGAUUAUCUCUUCUUUCAACUGGCUCAACGAUAAAUCUUUUUGAGAGUAUAUGUCGUGGUGAUGUACAAAAUGGAAUGGCAAUCAUAAGACCACCUGGACAUCAUGCUAUGAAAGCUGAAUAUUGUGGUUAUUGUUUUUUCAAUAAUGUAGCAAUUGCAUCAGAAAAAAUAUUAGCUGAUGGACUUGCUAAAAAAAUUUUAAUUAUUGAUUGGGAUGUUCAUCAUGGUCAAGCAACUCAACAAAUGUUUUACAAUGAUCCAAGAGUUGUUUAUUUUUCUAUUCAUCGAUAUGAGAAUGGUGAGUUCUGGCCAAAUCUCAAAGAAUCAAAUUAUCAUUACGUUGGUGAGGAUGAAGGUAUUGGCUAUAAUUUUAAUGUACCACUCAAUAAAACAGGAAUGAAAAAUGCUGAUUAUUUAGCAAUAUUUCAACAAGUACUUUUACCAAUGGCAUACGAGUUUCAACCGGAUCUCGUAGUCAUUUCAGCUGGCUACGAUGCUGCACUCGGUUGUCCAGAGGGAGAAAUGGAAAUAACACCUGCAUUUUAUUCACACUUGUUGUCACCUUUACUUGGUUUAGCUCGUGGAAAAGUAGCUGUGAUUCUUGAGGGUGGAUAUUGUUUAGAAUCAUUGUCAGAAUCAGCAGCAUUAACACUUCGAACUCUUCUUGGUGAUCCUUGUCCAAUGAUUGAAACUCUAGAUGUACCAUGUGCAAGUAUUCGUGAGACAAUUUUGAAUGUCAUAUACACUCACAAACCAUACUGGAAUUGUUAUCAGUAUCAAGAAACUUACUCAAUAAAUUCUCAGCCAUCAAAUAAUGAUGAUACAGAACGACAUCUUCCAGUUGUCAUUUACAAUGGUGAUGAAACGAAACCAGAAUUUUAUUUAACUCGUGACUGUUAUCCAAUACAAAGUGAAAUAUUUUUACGUAAUGUUCAUGAUAGAUUAAAUAAUCUAAAAAAAUUUACAAAUUUAAACAAAGCACCAAAUCGUGUUGCACUUAUUUAUGAUACUGAAAUGCUUAAACAUUUUAAUUAUACUGACAAUGAUCAUCCAGAAUCACCAGAAAGAAUAUCAGGUAUAUUUACAAAACAUGAAGAAUUUGAAUUGAUAAAAAGAUGCCAUAUAAUGCAAGGAAGAAUUGCAACAGAAGAAGAAUUACUUCUUGUUCAUACAAAAGAACAUAUUAAAAUGGUUAUGGAUACAUCAAAAUUAAAACCAUCAACAUUAGCAAAACAAUCACGUGAUUAUGAUUCUGUAUUUCUUAAUAAAGAUACUUGGACAAGUGCAUGCACUGCUGCUGGUUCAGUACUAAGUAUUGUUGAUAGUGUAUUAAAUUGUGAAAGUCAAUCAGGUGUUGCAAUUGUCAGACCACCAGGUCAUCAUGCUGCUGAAGAUUUACCAUCAGGUUUUUGUUUAUUUAAUAAUGUUGCUAUUGCUGCUAAAUAUGCAAUCAAACAUCAUUCAUUAAGCAGAGUAUUAAUUGUUGAUUGGGAUAUUCAUCAUGGUAAUGGAACACAAUCAUUACUUGAAGAUGAUCCAAAUAUUUUAUAUAUAUCACUUCAUCGUUAUGAUAAUGCAAAUUUUUAUCCAAAAUCAAAAGAUGCAAAUUAUGAUGUUGUUGGAAAUAAUAAAGGUGAAGGUUUUAAUGUUAAUAUACCAUGGAAUAGAAGAAAAAUGGGUGAUGCUGAAUAUGUUGCUGCAUUUCAACAAAUAAUUAUGCCAAUUGCAUAUCAAUUUAAUCCAGAAUUGGUUUUAAUAUCUGCUGGUUUUGAUGCAUGUAUUGGUGAUUCAUUGGGUGGUUAUGCUGUUACACCAGAAGCAUUUGGACUUUUUACACAUUGGCUAAUGUCUCUUGCUAAUGGUAGAGUCAUAUUAGCUCUUGAGGGUGGUUAUAAUGUUAAUUCAAUUGCUUAUGCAAUGACUAUGUGUACAAAAGCUUUGCUCAAUGAUCCAUUACCCCCACUUUUAUUUAACAAUAAUGGACCCUGCUCAAGCGCUGUCACAACAAUAAAAAACGUUAUAAAUACACAAAAAAAAUAUUGGCCAAAUUUGGUAUUUCAAGCUGCUUUACCAAAAGAAAAAGUAAUUCCAGAUCCUGAAUACAAUCAAACUGAAUAUAAGAGUGAAUCAAAAAUAGCCAUUGAACAAUUACAAUCAGAAAAAUUAAAAGAAACAAGUGAUUUAACCUUAAAAUUAGCUGAAUUAGCAUCAACAGUGAAUCUUGUUCAACAAAAAAAUAAUAAUAUCUAUAUAAAAAUGAAUUCACAAGGUGCAGGAGGAAGUCGUGAUGAUGAUAAUAAAAAUGCUGGAAGUAGUACAAGUGAUGGUUCAUCGACUAAAAAACUAAGUGAAUUUAUUGCUGAAUGUCAAAGUGAUUUAGCUGAUGGAAGUAUGUUUGCAAUUUAUCCAUUAAAUGAUUGUCCACAUCUCGAUAUGAUUAAUGAUGUACCAGUUGAGGGUAUUAAUGUUAAGGAUCCAUGCCAAGAAUGUUCAAAUACAUCUGAAAAUUGGAUUUGUUUAAUUUGUUUUACUGUUCAUUGUGCCAGAAAUAUAAAUCAACAUGCAAGUAUUCAUGCUGAAGAUAAAGCUCAUCCAUUGACAUUAAGUUUUACAGAUUUAUCUGUUUGGUGUUAUGGAUGUGAUGCAUAUAUUGAUAAUCCAAAAUUAUAUAAUGCUAAAAAUUCAGCUUAUAAAAAUAAAUUUAAUUCUGAAUUACCUUGGACAUAUGGAGAACAAUUAAUUUCUUUGGAAAAAAAUUCUUCUUAA